AUGUCACUACAAAAUUAUCGUUUCCCAUUAAGUGACUAUUCUAAUGCUAGAAUGAACAGAUUGGAAUUGUUUGGUGGAAGUCGUCUAGCAGGCGCUACCAAAACCACUUCAAUGACUACAUUGCCUUCCAUUAAAUCUCUUAUUAAUCAUACUUCAGUGGAUGACAAUCAAAUGAAUUUGACACCACGUUAUCAUCACCAUCAAUUACAUACUUUGCCAUCCGUUAUGACAGAACCGUUAUUGGUACGUUCACAUUCAUUACCUAUUCCUCCACUUAGAAACUAUGGUGAAAUUUCAAAAAAAUUGAAAGUUAGAUUACAAUUUGCAUAUUAUAAAUAUAAAACUAAACAAAGUGAUUUAAAUUUUGCUGAUUUAAAACGUCAACAUAUUCUUCAAAAAUCAAAUAAUGUUAAUAAAAGAACAUCACGUAAGGGCCCAAAGAGAAGAAAAUUGGUAGUGUCUCAAGGUAAUUAUAGAACUCCAUCAAAGAAACAUACUACUCAACCAUUAUUAUGUUCUACUGCUACUGCUGCUGCUGAUGAAACAUUUUCAAGGUCAUAUAAUACAUGUGUCGAUUCAAGUGUCUCUACUACCACAAUCCAUAACAACAACAAAAUUAAUAAUAUCAACAAUAGUGGUAAGAUUAACUUAACCACUAUGAAGAAUCAUAAUGAUACUACUGUAGUGAAUACAAUGACGACACCAAUACGUGAUCAACAGAAAUUAAGUUUCUUAAAUAAACAAGAGACACCCAUGAGCGUGAAGGCUGCAAAGUCUUUAAUGCAUUUGUUCACAAGCAGUAAUCAAUUUUGA